AUGAAAUGUCUCCUCCUGGCUGGCCUUUUGAUUACAGCCACUGCUUUACCCAUCCCUCUUGAACAAUCUGGAGGAAGUUCCAGUGCUCAGAGAUUUAACUUUUACCCACCCCAAGGAGCACCAUUUUUCCCUCAGAUCCCAUUUCCCCCACCUGUACAACUGCCCCUGAUUCCAAUUCCUCUUCCUUUUCCAUUUCCUAAUAAUCCAAAUCAGAUCCUGACACUUAAUGAUCUCAUAGCGUUAAUCAUUUCUAUCUUGAACCAACUUGGGGGCUUCUUUGGAAAUAAUUCUCUUACUACUUGGUCAGAAGUUAUACGGUGA